UCGGCGUUCACUUCCGGGUCUUGGGCUCUGGCCCCGGAUGCAGAGGAUUCUGGGAGCCCGAGAGUCGAUGGAAAUGUCUGUGUGAUCUUCGGAGGCUGCAGAGUCGGAGGGACGAGAGCAGCAUAAAAGAUGACAACAGCAGCUCGGCCAACUUUUGAACCUGCGAGAGGCGGGAGAGGAAAAGGAGAAGGUGAUUUGAGCCAACUCUCAAAGCAGUAUUCAAGUAGAGACCUACCCUCUCAUACAAAGAUAAAAUACAGACAGACCACUCAGGAUGCCCCUGAAGAGGUUCGGAACCGUGACUUCAGAAGAGAAUUAGAAGAGAGAGAGAGAGUUGCUGCGAGAGAAAAGAAUAGAGAUCGUCCAACUCGAGAACAUACAACCUCCUCUUCAGUGUCAAAGAAGCCUUGGCUAGACCAGAUUCCUGCUGCCAACCUCGAUGCAGAUGAUCCUCUAACAGAUGAGGAAGAUGAAGAUGAAGAUUUUGAAGAGGAGAGUGAUGAUGAUGAUACUGCAGCUCUUCUUGCAGAACUAGAAAAAAUUAAAAAAGAAAGAGCUGAAGAGCAAGCCAGGAAGGAACAAGAACAAAAAGCUGAAGAAGAAAGGAUUCGUAUGGAAAACAUUCUGAGUGGAAACCCUCUCCUUAAUCUCACCGGCCCAUCCCAGCCUCAGGCCAACUUCAAAGUUAAAAGAAGAUGGGAUGAUGAUGUUGUUUUCAAGAACUGUGCAAAAGGUGUGGAUGACCAGAAGAAAGACAAAAGAUUUGUUAACGAUACGCUGCGAUCUGAAUUUCACAAAAAGUUCAUGGAGAAAUAUAUUAAAUAGUACAGUUUUAUGUGCUUUAUUAAAGACUGUAAAAUGUAAAUGAUCAUUCUGACUUUACUUGGUUAGUUUGUUGUUGUUUUUUUCCUUUUCCCCCACAUUUAAAUUGUGAAUAGGCUUUCCUAAUUUUAAGUUCCAAAAUAUCUUUUCCUUGACUGAUACCUUAUUUGAUAAGUAAGAACUUGGGAAUUGUCUUAAACCAGUUUCAAGUCUCUGAAUGUUUUCAGUCAGGUUUUCUUUUUAAGAUUCAAAAGGUAAUCUGCUUAUAAUGUUUUUAAUAAUUCAAAUAACCAAAUUCAUGUCCCCCAACUUUUUUGUUGAAAUGUAUGCAGCUUAUGAAACAUUGCAUAUUUUCUUUUGUGUAUUGUAUUUCUUUGUACAUUAAAUUUCUCCUCAUUUCUCUAACAUGGAUUUAAGGGCAGUUAAUUCAUGGUAUCUAACUGUGUUUUUUUGAAAAGUAUAAUGAAAGAUUAAAGGGAUUCCAUCGAGGCCCAUAUGAUGCAAUGGAAAUGUGUCAUCAGCCAGGAAGCACCCUGAUUUGUGUGAGGGAGCACGGGGUAUCUUCCUUUCCCAGAGGCCCCUGGCCCAAGGUGAGAGCUCCUGAAGCUGCUGAGGAAGCAUGUGGCAUAACCUUGUUCUCCUGGAUACUCAGCUGCCAUGUUUCUGUCAAAUGGGAUAGAGUCUGCACACCACCACACAUUAGAUGCAAAGCCUAGGGAAAUUUUAACAUCAAACGAUACAUGAAAUAAAACUUUUGGAACCUGG